AUGACAGAGGAGAAUAAGGAAAAGCUUCAGCUUCAAGAUGGAGUACACAUCCAAGAAAGGGGUAUUGGCAUACUGCUUUAAAAAAAUCAUUUUCAGUAGAGAAUUGUGCAUUUGAUUGUUGUUGUGUUGUGUUUACUGACUCCGCUUGGUUUUGACAGUGAUACAACAUCCCCCUCAUAUCAGGCUCAGCAGAAGUCAAGAAAGAGGUAGACUCAUGCUCCAGGAAUACAAGGUGAGAUAGUUUUUAUUUCCACUAAAGCUAUAUCCACGAUAUGUGAAAAGGUUGAUCUUGUCAUUCUUAUGUUCCCUCAUCUAGUUAAAAACCCUUCAAAGUAAAAUCAAUGUUGCAAGAGAAGUGAGAAUAAAAGAACCUCAGAAGAUUGCUGAUAAGCAGGUAGGGAAAAUACAGGUCUUGUCAUUUGUGCAUUAUAGGCUAGAAGUCUGACCAGGGUAUUGUGCCUGGCUUUCAUCGUUUGGUUGUACUAUUGAUUUGAUACAUACUUACUUAAAUGAGAGAGUGCAUUUCUCUUAUAAUCUGGCCUGUCUUUGUACAAUUUUCUUUUAAGUCAUGCUCAGAGGAAGAAGCCUAUCGAUUCUUCUGCCAUGAAUUUGAUGAGUUGGAGAGGAAUGGACCUACCACUGGAACACUCUCACAACAGGUAGCCCAACCAUAGUGAAGAAUAUACAUUUGGUGGAAAAUGUACAAAGAUAGCUGUGAUCAUAAAUGUAUUAAAGGCCCAGUGCAGUCAAAAACAUGAUUUUCCUGUGUUUCAUAUACACUGAGUACAGGGAUGCUGGCCCAUGUUGACUCCAAUGCUUCCCACAGUUGUGUCAAGUUGGCUGGUUGUCCUUUGGGUGUUGGACCAUUCUUGAUAUACACAGGAAACUGUUGAGCGUGAAAAUAGUUAAUAGACCAAUAAGAAAGAGAGUUUCAAACAUCUCUGCCAAUAACAGCACAUUUUCCCCUCCCCACUCAGACCACUCCCUGACAGUCCUAGCAAAAUUCUUGCUUGAGAAAUUGCUCUUUGCUAAGAAGCUAUUUUUGUUUCUUUUUGACCAUUUUAAUUGAAAACAAUCACAGUAGCUAGGUUUCCAUACAAUUGGUGACAGGUGUUCAUGCAAAUAUUCAAAAAUCAGCAUAAAAACAAUACGUGCAUUUUCCCACCAGGAUGGUGAUGACGUAGUGCACAUAAAAUACCUUUAGCGGUUAAAUUCCCAUGUACCGAAUAAAAAAUCCAAGUUAAAUGGGGUUUUAUCGUAUUUUCAACUCUACUGAUGGUUUUCUCACUAAAAAGAUGGUGUUAUAUAGCGUGUGCCCACUCUGUUAUUGGCACAUGCUCUCUAGCCAACAGCUCUCAGAUACAGUACAGGUAGGCCUAUAGCCUACAUUAUGAGAUUAUUAUGGACAAAAAAAAUGCAUUUGUCAAACGGCAGCCAGGCAUCGAUGAUCAUGUCACCAGAAUUAGACCCUCGAUAUUUAUUGGAAGGCUCAUCACCUUGCACUUUCACCAUCCUGUGAAGUUCAUCAUAAUUUAGGGAGGACCACACAACAUGUCAUCACGUAAACUCCAAGUUUACUUUGAUAUGAUGGUUAUUAUAUAAAUAUUUGCGCAUAAAAUUGUUUCCACCGACAUUUCUCGCAUUAUACAUUUUACCGACAAAAAGAUCCCACCUUGGUUCGGGUAUUUUGGAAAGUUUACCGACACAUUUUCUGUUUCCAUCAGGCCUGUCAUUACAUUUUUUUGCCGACAUGUACUUUACUCGCAUAAAAAGUUUGGAUGGAAACCUAGUUAGUAAGGUACUUAAUUGUUCCCCAGAAAUUAUUUGAUAUUGAGAUACAAACGGCUGCAUUGGACCUGUAAAACAUUUUGUCAUUCACCUAUGUAACUGUGUUAUGAAGUUGCCGCCACAAUAUUAAUGUGCAGCCAUUAUUGAAACAUGUUUAUUUUGUUUCCAUAAUAGAGUAGGAUAGAUACUGUCAUCGAUAUUGAGAAUGUGGAUGAGGGUCAUAAUCCUCUUGUUCCUGGAGAUAUUGAGACCCUUGAUGUAAAUCCAGACCUUUUAUUUGUGCCCAGUGAUUUACCAGGUGAUGUAGGCCUACAGCCUUUAUAUUAUCAUUUAGAAAUGUAA